AUGUGCACAUACACGUAUUCAUGGUAUCGAUGCAACCACUCAUAUUUAAUCUGGCCGAGUACGGUUGAGAUCUGCACAAACCGCUUCUUGUCUGGUUACUCGUGUGAUAUCUGGUCGAUAGACAUGUGCAAACAUCACAUCGCCAUCUGUAAAGGCUUUUGUAACUACUACUGCCCCGACUGCUCUGAAGACUAUACCCUCGAAUGGCAACUAGAAGAAUAG